AACUGACGAGAGGUUGAUGGUCACGCAUGCUUUGGCUGAAGUCGUAGUCUGACAAUGUCUGGCGAUAAAGCUCGCUGUUCACGUUGACCUUUCGUAUCAGCUUGAUUCCCAGACAAUCGGCUCCUUACACAAUCAGGUGAUUGUUGAGGGUGAGGCAUCGAGGUGGCACAAGGAAUAGCAUCGACAUAAUGUCAACGUUGGACCCAACGGAUGUACUUAAGCUUCUUCGACGAACAAAGAACAUUCGCAACGUCUGCAUCGUAGGCAAAGUAGGUGUAGGCAAGACCUCGUACGCCAAGGACAUCAUAAAAAAAGCCAAUGACAGUUCUCGGGGUGGUGCCAAGGUGGACAGACAGGGAGGAAGGAGGGGGAAUGGAAGGGGGAACUCGUCCACAUAUCACGAUGAUGGUGGUACUGAUAGUGAUGAUGAAGAGGAAGAUGAAGACACUCCACAAGGAGUAACGACGUGCACCAGCGUCUGUUACGAGAUACGGGAUGAUGACACUAAGCUGGUGACUGACUGGGACACAGACAGCAAGGAGUUUCUCAUUACUCUCAUUGACCCAGAUGGUCACGUGGACAACACAUCAGAGGUCACUUCCGCUCUCAGAAUCACUGAUGGAUGCAUCGUUGUUGCCGACUGCGUCACUGGUAUAGGAAGUCCGACCGAGGCGCUAUUGAAGCUGGCGUUUGUGGAGGAGAUCCGCCCCGUGCUGUUGCUGACCCGCCUGGACGUGUCCAUAGUGGAGCUGGACCUGGAGCCGGAGGAGCUGUACAAGCUGCUUACCAAGUAUGUCUGGACUUUUAACAGGAUCGUCGAGGUCUAUGGCAGGCCGGAAUACAAGGUAUCCCCUGGUGACGGAUCAGUAGCGUUUGGCUCGGCAUUGCAAGGAUGGGCGUUCACCGUUCACGAGUUUGCCCGCAUGUACACGGGGAAAUUCAGGAUCGAGUUCGAUGACAUGAAACAGAAACUGUGGGGUAAUAACUUCUACAACCAAAGAGAAAGAAAAUGGACUACCAACGAAAGCCCUAACACAACCCGAGGUUUCAUACAAUUUGUGUUGACGCCAAUAUACACAUUAUUCAACGUAUGUACAAGGAACAGCCGAGAUGAUAUCAUCAAGUUCGCUGUCACCAUGAACUUCUAUCUCUCCGACUCCGAGAAACAACUCAGAAGAAAUGACCUUUUACUUGUACUUCUGAAGAAGUGGCUUCCCGCCGGUCAAACUCUCCUGAAUAUGAUGGUGUUCCACCUGCCUUCCCCCGUCACGGCCCAGGAGAGGAAGAUGGAGGUUCUGUAUGAGGGAGACCUGACGGACGAGUGUGCCACCAGUAUGAAGCAGUGUGAUCCUAAGGGCUGCCUCAUGAUGUACAUCACCCGUCUUGUGCCCUCGGAGGAGGACGGAAGCCUGUACGCCUUCGGUCGCAUCUUCUCCGGUUCUGUCCGUUGUGGCCAGAUGGUUUAUGUCAAAGGACCGAAAUCCAUUACAGGGAAGAAAAACGAAUCCAAAGAAGAGACCGUAGAGAGUGUGGUCAUGAUCUACAAGGACGACCCAAUAGACAUGGACAUUGUCCCGUGUGGAAACAUCUGCGGCCUGUUGGGAGUGGACAAGCAUCUGACAAAGUCGGGGACCAUCACGACCAACCAGCACGCAGACACUAUCAAGCCAAUACGAUACACGGUGCCCCCAGUGGUAACCAUGGCGAUAGAGCCGCGACAGCCGCCGCAUCUACCCACAGUGAUGAAAGGCAUCAAGCAGCUAGAGAAGAUAGACCCCCGCCUUGAGACUGAGCUAUCCAAGGAGGGGGAACUAAGCAUCAGCGGCGUGAACGAGGCCCACAUCAACCGAGCGCUGGAACAGCUCAGCCAGUUACUUGGCAAAGUCCAAGUGAAGACGAAGGGUCCCUUCCUUCCCUACCGAGAAACUGUGACAACAGAGUCGACAGAAAUGUGCCGAUCUCAGUCCCCCAACGGUAGCAACUACCUUUGCCUAAAGGCGCAAAACCUGCCCAAUGGCAUCACCGAAGACAUUGAAAAUGGAGUCAUCACCCCGUUCCAGGAUGCUAGAGAACGCGCCCUGUACUUGGACAGUAAAUAUAGUAUUGAUCUCACCUAUGCUAAGAAGAUCUGGUGUUUCGGGCCGGAGGGCGUGGGGCUCAACUUGCUGAUGGACUGCACGAAGGGGGAGCCCAAGUACCUACAGGACAUAGAACCCACUGUGAUUGCAGCUUUCCAGUGGACGACUAAGAAGGGUGUGCUGUGUGAGGAACAGAUGCGGGUCCGCUACAGCCUGCACGAGGUCAUGCUGCACGCUGAUGAGGAACAGCGCGGGAACAAGGAGAUAUUCCCUGCAGCCGCCAGGGCGCUAAGUGCAGCCACACUCAGAGCCAAACCAAGACUUAUGCAGCCUAUGUUCAAGACAUACCUAGAGUGCCCAGAGUCCGUCUCCCCGGUGGUGUUCGAGGUGGUCAGUGGCCGUCAGGGCCGGGUUACCAAGGAGCGGAGUGUCAAGGAUUGGGACACGUACUACAUGGAGGCUGACAUCCCCGUCAGCAAGGCCUUCGGUUUAGAUCAGGAGCUCUCGUCCAAGACUGACAACGCCGCGAGGCUAGUACAAUGCACGUUCGGUCAAUGGGAGACGCUAGCCGGCAGCCCACUGGACUACCGCUCCAAAACCACAGCUAUUAUAAGGGCCAUUAGGAAACGUAAAGGUUUGGACCCGGAAAUGCCGUCUGUGGAAGACUUCCUGGACUGAAGGGCAUCCAGUGAUUCAAGGAAGCAAGUAGACCUCUGGUCUCGAAGUCACGAGAUAUUUGUUAAAUUGUUGUGAGCACAGAAGGCGAUUUUUACGUUGAGCUAUCUGAUCACAUCUUCACUUUUGAGUAAUACGUCAUUUCCUCUUGGCAUAUUUUCAUAAGCAAACAUAAAUCUCUUGAAUCGCCGCUGUAUUACAGUUUAACGUGUUUCGCUUUUCUUUUGGAACUGUGUAUAUUUUACGUAGGGUAUUGUGUGUAUAAGAUAUUGGUGAACCAAAUGGUUGAAGCGUUUACAUGUCAACGAAUACACGAGUACAACUCGAGAAGGGGAUUAUUGUCAACUGCAAUGUUAUUGUCGCAGAUUAUUAAAACUUCCUUGAACACCUGCUCACUGUUUCACACCAUCAAGGUGUGUACAUGUAUAUUGAAGUGACCCAGAAGUAUUGGGCGAUUCGAUUUGCUGUGACGUCUUGUUUGACUUAUCAAGUCCCAAUCCCAUGUAACCCAUGUUCACCAUCAGCAAACCUCCUGUGCUGGUCAAAUCAAACACCUAUUUCACACGUCUAGUUUUCGAUACAACACAGCUGCUAAGCCAGCUAAGCUGCACCAAACGUUUAUACAAAUAAAUGAAAGCCAAAAUGGUCCUUAUAUGUGCAUUUGUAUGUAUAAUGCAUCCAUAUGCAUACAUGAUUUACCUCACGGCCCAACGAGGACAUUUGUAACUUCCAGUCUGCAAUUUUCAGAGAAACACCUGUAGCAGUCGAACCACGUGAGAGAGGGGUAAUAAAGACACGUGUUGUUUGAGGUGUUCCGCUGUUUAAUUAGGAUAUAAACGUACUGUUUGAACAUCAGAUCAAUGUUAGACCGAAUUGAUAGUCUCAAAAUGUCAUUUGAAACGAAACGCGUCCAAUCAAAUUCGAGUAUUUCACGUAGUCAUGGUAGAAUUAUUUGUGUUUAUCUGGUCCGGACUCGAUGGUUCACAGACUACAUGUCAGUAAUAUGUCAUGAUAACAUCAACUCACUAUACGGACUCUGAUAUACAUGUAUCAUUCCGAUAAGUGUUCAGUGUGCCGUGAAUGACCGAGCCGAUAACAGAGUAUUGAUUUCACCUCUUAUAUGCGUUUUCAGUCUGUCCAUUUGUGGCUUAUUAAACGGCCUGAGCUUAAAGCUUUUGUGUUUUCAAACAUCGAACAGUGAAAGUUAUAUAAUGGGUGAGUCUGUUGAGUUUAACGCAACUUUCAAUUGUAAACUUGUUUAUCGCAGCAUUAACUGUAUAUACAUAAGACUUAGGAGACAAUGUAUAGUUUUGAUAAUCCUAUAGUUCAGUCACAAGAGAAGUUCCAAAACAAGUGACGGCAUAACAGACCAAGUUAACUCGGUUCGCAACGAGACAUCAUUAAGGGACGAUGGAAGCACGGUUGGUCCACUGGUCUGAAAUGUCGUAAGAGUUGCGUCCCUUGGACAUGCCUGACUACUAAGAUAAUGGGUUCGAACCCAAGAUUCACCCUGAAUAUAAUUCUCUACACCUGGGUUCAGUAACCCAUGCUUGUCGUAAGAGGCGACUAACGGGAUCGGGUGGUCAGGAUCGCCGACUUGGUUGACACAUGUCAUCGUAUCACUAUUGCAUAGAUCGAUGUUCAUAAUGUUGAU